GCGCUUCACACCUCCAGUUCAGCCUACUUGUAUGUUUUAUGAGUGUAUCUCGUAGUCUGUUGGGGAUAAAAAAAAAGACAUGGUUCAGUAGCUUCGUCACCAAGUUCCGCUAUCGUACGAGUGGCUACUUUUUAGAAGGUGCAGCAAUGACAUCGACCUUCUCCCAGGUUGUUUUCAACGACAUCCCUAAAACGUACUACAGGUCGACCCAAGUCACCUGCCACUACACUCUGGCCGUCGGGUUUCUACCCACCACGAGGGAUUGGGUAGGAAUAUACAAGGUAGGAUGGAGCACAACCAAAGAUUAUUUGAGCUUCGUUUGGGUGGAUCCACCGGUUGAGCUCGUUGAGCAGGAACCAAUGAGAAAACAGUCUCUGUUUUCAGAAUACUACCUUCCCAAGGAGGAGUCAGAGUUCUACCAGUUUUGCUACGUGGACAGCCUUGGCUACGUGAAAGGGGCCAGCACGCCCUUCAGCUUCCAGAACCCAGUAGAGAACAUGGAUUGCAGCAUGGAGACUGACCUCAUGGUGGUUACAACACAGGACGAGAUCGAUCGAAGUGAACGAGAGAAAGAGGAGUUGAGGCAGACGCUAGAGCAGCUGAGAAGGGGAACCCGCGGCGUGCAGACGGCCCUGGAGGAGCGGCAGAGGGAGGUGGACCGCCUGAAGGAGAAUAACAAAGAGAGAGACCAGAGGGAAUCUGACCUUGUGGAGGAACUGAACCAAGCCAGGGUCUUUCUGAUAGAGAAGGAGAAGGAAGCAGAGCGCCUCAGGGAGGAGAUAUCAAUCCAAAGCAAAAAGCACCUGGAUCCCGAUCAGGACAACUUCACCGAGAAGCAGAAACCGGAGAUAAGUAAACCAGGGAUAAACACAGCCUGUGAGGCUGAGCUCAGGGAGAAGUAUGACCGGGCUGUGGUGCAGAUCCGUCAGCUAAAGGUGGAGCUCGAGAAGCAGAGACAACGUAUCACCACGAGUGAAGAGAUGGCAGACCUGAUACCUAAGGUCAAAGGAGAGGAAAAGGAGGAGUUGAUCAGACUUAAAGAUACGAACCAGCUCCUUGAGGUGGACCUAAAAUGCAGUGAGAGUGAGAAAGAGAGGCUCUCUGUGGAGCUGAACCAGGUGAAGCUCCUCAUCCAUGACAUGGAGAAGCUGAGGAGCGAGAACCAGGAGCUGCGUAAGAGCCUCUCCCAGCAAGAGGUUCGUCACAACCGCCCAGACCAGGACUACAAGGCACAAUGCAACACCAUGAUGGGCCAGCUAGAAAAUGCUCGGACACAGCUGACCAAUGAGAGGAAGGAGUGCAAUGACAAGAGAAGGCUUGUGGAGGAGGCCGAGAGAGAGUUGCUGAAUGCAAAGAGUCAGAUGCACAUCACAGAGAUGGAAAAUUAUCGGAUCAAAGAAAACGGCAGCAAACUGAAGCUCCGCCUUGAAGAGUCUCAGGCGAACAUCGCUGAAAAAGUUGCAGAGAUUGCAGAGAUGAGUGGCAUUAUCGAGCUGCGGGAGAACCGGCUGAAGAUCCACAACCAAGAGAGAGAAAAGCUUGUUCGGGAGCACCAGUCAGGUCUGGCAGAGUCACUUCGGAUCAUAGCCGAAAGAGAGUCACAGAUCGCAGAGAUCCAUGGAACCAUCGAGCUGAGAGAGAACCGGCUGAAGAUCCAGAACCAAGAGAAGGAGCAGCUUGUUCGAGACAACCAGCGUCUGAGGAAAACCAUUGAAGACCUCCGCAGGGAACAGGCUGCGGGGGGUUCAGGCUCCUCUCGGCCCGAGAGGCCGGCCCACAGCCCACCGCCCCGCGGCACGGGCAGCCCUGCUCAUGGGCUACAGCAGAACGAACCGGGAUCUCAGUUUGAGGAGCCACACAACACAACUGGAAGGGGCCCGAACACACAGGAAACGAGAAAGGUGUGUCGUAGCUGCCACAUGAGCUUCCCUGGCAUCACACUGGAGGAGCUAGAGCAGCAUGAGCAGAGCCACAGGGUGUGUCCGUUCUGCACGCUCAUCUGCGAUGACAUGGGACAGGCUGAGUUCGAAGAUCACGUCUACAGCCACGAGAUAUAAUCCAAAUAGAAUCCACCAAAAUGUGUCUUAUCUGCCUUACUUUGCACAGGAAAAUCCAUUGCAUUUCGAUUAGGAAAUGGCUUUAUUUUUCUUAUUAAGCUGGAAUUAAUUUAACUAACUUCUUAGAUGAAGUCAACUGUAAAACCUUAUGCACUUAAUAACAAUAUUAUACUGUUGCUUAGGAGAAAAACGAAUUAAACAAUGUGUGUGAUUGCCCAAUCACGGUGAUAUAUUGUAACGUCUAGUUUAGAAGAAUAAACUAAAUAAACUAAAAAAUCUUGCACGCGGGAUCCACAGGAUUCCUUUAAGAUGUUACCUUGUAUGUUUCAGUUAUGUUGCAGUUCCAACAGGUAUGACCAUGGUUAAUAAUAUUGAAUGCACACCAUAUACUUAAUUAAAAUAAACCCAUUCCUCUUUAAUAGUGACCAGCAAGAAAUUUUCUCAGGUUAUACAAUUAGGAAAUAAGGGCCCCAAAUGCAGUAUGCCCAGAGAAAGGCUUCCCUCUGCGCAUUGAAUUGAGCAACAAUUGCAACCCCAACAAACAACGGCUAGUCCGCCAAAUGUCAGCAAGCCUCUCCAAGAUUAACCAAUACCAACGGCCCAUAUAUAAAAUAUUUAUUAAAAAUAAAUCCUCAAGGUGUCAUUUGAUUGGCUUCGUCGGGUGUGACAUCACGGGAGCUAAUCUCAGAGAACAGGGCUGGAAGCCAGUACUGGGGUUCCCCAGCGGCCUGUGAGUCCAGCCAAGCGAGUCCCUCCUUCAGCAGGUGGUCCUGGGAACGAGGGGAGAGAUUUAAUUUCCUCAACACUCCAGUGAAACCUGGUAACCAACGCCCGCAGUGGCUGAACUUCCCCUCGCUCCGAGACACUUACCAGGACGUGGCAAGAGCGCUCCCUCUCCCAUUUCAGGUGCUCCUUGAUCUCGCUCACGGUCACGUAGCCUUUCUUCUGCAGGCGGGGGAGCAAGCAAAGCCAGAAUGUAAUUUGACACCAUAGCAUACCUACAGGUUUUUCAACAUGAUAUAUCCAAGUUUCAUAGCCUACUUAUAGUAGAAGCACGUUUAUAACUCAAGUUAAUACAGAAUUUAAAAACGGCUUGCUACUAACUCAAGAUUGGACCAUUGGGUAAAUAAUGACAUAAAUACAUCUAAUAUGAGGUGGAACAAUAACUUUCGCUGAGUAUUGAUGUACUGACGCUCUCGGUAGCCACACAUACACAAGACCCAAUGGCACCACUGUGAGGUGUCAUUCAAGGUGAAGACCAGUACGUGUACCACGCAUCACCCGGUCCGUACCUCGGCCAGCUGCAGAACCACCGUGUGAUCCAUGUUGAGCUCCGCAGGAACCGACUGCACCAGGUACGAACCUCCCACCGGGAUCAUGCCGAAACCGUUGCCCAUGGCUUUCAGCUUCUUUAUGGCCCGCACCAGAUCAUCCCUGGGAACAACAUUUUAACUGGGUUUAAUAUCCAUAUCACAUUAAGGGGAUUGAUGAAUCAUGAAGGAGGAGGGGGAUGGAAAAUUAGAUACUGAUAAGAUAGACAGACAAAAUAAGACUUACUGGCUCACAUCCUGGGCGUAUUUACCCCGUCCUUUCAACACUCUCUGGUGGAGCUCAUCCAACGUAAUGAGCCCUAAAAAGAUAUUACAAAGUACGUUAUCUAUGAUAUUCUCCUUUCAGAUAUACUACUGAAAUGAAGAAGCGGCUGAGCCACCCGUACCCCCGUUUCUGUGCUUUAGAGCGAGACACACUUCAAUGAUCUGUACUCCCAGCUCAUAAUAGAAGUCGCCCACACCAAGCAUCUCGGACCAG